AUGAUUCUACCAGCAAUAUGGUUAUUAAUUUUCAUAUGCUUUUUAACUUUAUUGGGCAAUCUUCUAGUUAUUUUGGCUGUCUAUCGUGAAACAACGUUACAUUCAGCAACGUAUUACUAUAUCGUUUCAUUGGCUGUCGCUGAUCUUUGCGUGGGAAUGAUCGUUAUUCCAUUAGCGAUUUGUUUUGAGUUAACUACACCAUCUUCUUUUCGCUUCUUAUGCCACCUAUGGCAUAUAUCCGACGUUGGCGCGUCAACCGCAUCAAUUCUUGCUCUCUGUGUUAUUGCACUCGAUCGAUACAUAGCAAUCACGUCACCGAUUCGAUAUCCACGAUCCUUCAUAGCUCGGCAUUCGUCAAUUGUUAUUGCAGGUAUAUGGUUUUGCUCAGCAAUCAUCGCUGGUCCAACUGUAAUGGUUCUUGGAGGAAAAGAUACUUCUAUAGUGUCAAAUAAAACUGCGAUGAAUGAAACAAUAUCUGAACGAUGUGAAUUUCCUUCUGAUCCCGUGUUUAUUUUGGUUUCGUCUUCCGUCUCUUUUUAUAUUCCAUUAUUGAUCAUGGUGUUUGUUUACGGACGAAUUUUGAUUUUUGCUCGUCGACAAAUGAUCGCAUUUCGACAAGGUUAUAAACAAACAACAAGCGGUGAAACAUAUCAAUUAUCGCCCAUCUUACCUCGAUUUUGUUUCCGGUCUGCGAAAAGUCGAAAUAUUUCAGCAGCAACGACGCUCGAAAACAUCAAUGCAAUAACGAAUACACCAGAGAAAAUAACUUUACGAAUACAUCGAGGAAAAUACUCUCGAUCACCAUCUCUUCCUCGUGUUACACCGACGGUGCGUCCUGCACUCGAACCUGUUUCAUUCCCUGUGCUAUUUGUUCAUCAUUUACGUAAACUUCGUCGUACACAAACCUGGUCACGAUUUUCGCGUGAACACAAAGCAACAAAAGUACUUGGUGUUGUCAUGGGUGUAUUUAUAGCAUGCUGGUUGCCAUUUUUCGUUUUUCUCGUGCUCACCGGUGUAUUUCGUUUAAAUUUUGAAAAAUCCAAAGAACAACUUUUUCGUCUUUUUACUUGGCUCGGCUACACUAAUUCAGCUCUGAAUUUUCUUCUCUAUGCAUUGACAUCAAGAGAAUUUCGUUUGGCAUUUAUGAAACUUCUCUGUCCUCGUCGUUAUGUUCAACGUUCACUGAAACGAUACGCCCAUAAACAACAACCUCAACAGAUUUAG